AUGUGGGUUCCCUUGCUUAUAUGCUACACUUUGGCCGGCGCCACGUCGCUCGCCUUUCUUCGCUUCCACAUCAAACUUUUCCGAUAUCCUCUUUACUAUCUGAUUCCGGUUAUGGCGGCUGUGGCAAUGCCAUUGUCCAUCACCAUUCUUCUACCGACAGACUAUGUUUCACAUAACGCCGGGAGUGCAAUUCCGGGCUUCGACAUCAGCGAUCUGAGCAUGCUACGCAUGUGGAAGACAAACUACUGGAUCACGUUUUCCUUGACAUGGUUGAUUCUUCCGCUUCUACAAGACUACUACCGUGCGGGCGACCGCCUCAAGACGAAGAAGCUCAUUUCUUCGUUGAAAUCCAACCUUAAGUUUCAGGGGCUUAUUUUGCUCGUGGCGGUUGCGGGCGCAAUCUAUCUUAUGCUAGAAGUGGGGCUCACUUUGGGCCAUCUCAAGUCGAUGGUGAUUGCGCUCUCACACAUUUACGCUUUGGUGUUGGCGCUUUGGCUCAUGGCCCACGGGCUCAUCACCAUUCCGCGGAAUCGGUGGCUCGAGGGAAACUUGACCCAGAACUUGAACCACUACUACUUGAAAGUGCCAAAGUUGGUGGAUACUUUGGAAGACACCAAGAUGUCGUUCAAGGAAAACGUCAUCCAGGUGUUGGUGUUGGAGAAGACAUUUUCGGACCCCACUCUGGACAUUGUUUUCCGUGACUGGAUCUUAAGCCUCGCCCAGAAAGUGCCAGACGACAUUCGAGAGUCGGUCACUCGGGAAUUUGUCAACAACGAAACGAGACACAUCUCUCGCGACCAAGUGUCGGAGGCCUUCUUGACGCAGUUGGCGUACAACUUCCAGAAUCACCAAUAUAAGCUUCUGGCGCACAUGGCUGAGUACGAAACAUUACUCCGAGAGAUUACAAAGUUGCAAACGCUUCUUGAAGCUAAAGCAGCGCUGACCCCAGAUGAACGGAACCAAAUCAUGAGAUCUGUAAGUGGACUAUUGCUGCCUGCAAUGAGCUUCUACUUUCAAUGCUACAUCAAGCCGGUACUCUGUCGGCUUUUGUCUGUUGCUCUUCUAUGCGUUUCGUUCAUCUUGAUCCAGUCGGAGUUUUUCCACUCCACCAAACUUUCUCUCAUGGAUAUCGUCAUCUACAGAACAGGAAUCCACAACCACACGCUUACACAGGGGCUUGUUUCGUUUCUCGUGUUUUCGUACAUGUUGUUUUGUGCUCUCAACUCACUCGCAAAAUUGAAAGUCUUCAACAUGUACCACUUGGUGCCGCACCACUCUGAUCCGGUGUCGACGUGCUUCUACGCCUCUUACAUUGCACGCUUGACAAUCCCAUUGUCGUAUAAUUUCAUCACAUUAUUUACCAGCAGACAGUCGAUUUUUGAAGAGUGGUACGGAAAGUCUAUUCAUUUGACAGGCUUGUUCAAUUUGAUGAACAACUGGAUCCCGCGUCUUCUUUUAAUUCCGAUUGUGUUGACCACAUUCCAUGUCUACGACAAGCUCAAGCUGCGGAUCGGACUCAAUUCUGAUUUCUACGACUCGUGGGCAAAUUUUGACGAUGACGAGAACAUGAAUGAAGCAACAGACUUGGAGAAUGCUCAGAACAAGAGGAAAGAGCUUGUUAUUGUUGAGGCGAAAAGACUUGUGGCCAUGGAGAUGAAUAAGCGCCAGCUGACCGCAUCUAUGCUGUUGCGUCCUUUCAAUUUGAACGCCGCCGCUGAUCUGGCAUAUGAAUCCAAUAGAAGAGCAUUCAAUGAAUCUUUGCUGGGCGGAUUGUCCAAUAGAGUGGAUUCGUAUCACGACGAUGAUGACCCUGUGGAAGAGAAUUCUGGUUUUUGGGGCAGAGUGGGAGGUGCUGUGAAUGGACUUAGAGACGUCGUGCAGACGAAAUUUACAAGGGGAACUCCUUCGUAUACAGACACUCCAUUAGACUCUUACGAUUACGAUGAGGACAAUUUGAUUAUUUAA